UGUAGUGUAGUACAGCGAGCAGUCCUCUUCCAUCUAUAUUAUUAUUAUUAUUAUUAUUAUUAUUGUAUACCUGCGUGCCGUGCGCUGUGGUGUGCGGAGCGCGCGCGUUCAGUUUUGUAACGUGGCAUCCCCGGACAACAGGUAUAACACACGCGCGCGGUGAUAACACCAGGAUUUCGAAUUUGGUUAUAAAAAAAAAAUUCAUUUUUCACCCCCCCAUCGACGGGGGUUACUCAUUGUCCCCCGGCGAGGUCGUCGAGUAUAUUAUUAUUUCAGCAGUAGUGCGGUGCGGUCGACAGUGUGCCGGUAUAGUGUUGGUGGUCGUAGUAGUGGUGGUGGUGGUGCGAGAUUUUCGGUUUUCGCGGUGCCGGCCGGUUCGGUGCGGUGCGUCCAGUGCGAUCGGUUUGCGCGGUAAGUGCGAAUAAAAGCAAAAUUUACCGAAAAUAUUAUCGUUACCGGUGUCCCGUCGCCGUUACCGGCACUGGCAAGUGUUGUGUCUGUAUCGAUAUCACAAGAAGUAUCACGCGUUGCGCGCCGCAUCGGUGUCAAUAACCGACAAGUGGGACAGCGGCCGCGCGCGUCGUCCGGCGUCGGCCAAGAAGUUUCUCCUUUUAAACGGAUAGCCGCCGCCGCCGUCGUCUUGGUGAGGAGAAAGACGGACAACGCGGACAUUCUAAGGACGCCGCCACCGCCGUUGCGUGUACCGGAGUCAUGAAGUGACGACGACACUUGCAGGCCUGAAUGGAAUGAAGGAAUCCACAGGCUUUUUCGGCGACCCGUUACCAACGUCGGGCGAAAGUACAGAGCUGACGGUCCGGGAGCUGGAAGAGAUGGCUUGUCGACAACAGCACCAGAUCGAGUCGCAGAGGCAGUUGUUGGCGGCCAAGGAGCAGCGACUUCGGUUCUUGAAACAGCAUGACACCAAACACCAUCAGGUGGCGGCUGAGCACGAGCGGCUCCGCCGGCUCCGUGACCGGGUGGAGGCGCAGGAACAGAAGCUCCGGAAACUCCGGGCCCUCAGGGGUCAAGUGGACCAGACCAAGCUCAACAACGCCACACUCACUUCGGACCUGGAGUCGAUUCGGGCGCUGUUCAACGAGAAGGAAAAGGAACUUACCAUGGCCGUGGCCAAAGUGGACGAGUUGACUAGACAACUGGAAGACGUGCAAAAAGGCCGAGGACAAUCGCAGCCAACGUCGCCAGCCUCCAUGGAACUCGACAAACUGCGGGCCGAGUUGUUGUACCGAAACAAAUUGGGCGAACAGCAGACGGCCAGGUUGGUCCAACAGCGAGAAGUGUUGUCGAAGCGGCAGGAGGAAAUGGCUUCGAUCGACCGCAGGAUAUCGGAGCUGCAGGCCAGGCUGCACAGGAAGAGAUUGCUCAAUCAACAGUUGGCCAAUCAGAUCCAAGCCAGCAAACCGGGAAAUAACAACAGGUCUCUGGGCGGUCCGGGCAAACAGAUGAUGCCGCUGUGCGAUGGAAAGAUGAGCGGCGGUAACGUGGCGGCCGUGGAACCUUUCAACCACAUACCGGACGCCAUGAGCAAGAACUCUCAGCUGCGCAAGUCCGAAGACAACAUCCUGAGCCACGCUACCACGGGCUAUCCGACGGCCAGACCGGAACAGCAGAAGUCAUUGUCCCAACAGCCGCUGGUGCAGCAGAAGCCGUGUCCGCCCGAUCCCUAUCAACAGUAUCAAAUGGCCAAGCACGACGUUUACAAGGUCGAACCGCAGACCAACGGCAAUCAGGCUGACCUGGCGUACUUCGGCAAAUUCGAUCCCAAGUACCAGACUUUGCCGUACAACACGAAAUUCUCGCCGCUGGCCAACUACAACGGUGGCAAUCAUCAGCAACCGAUGCAGACGCAACAACAGCAUCAGCAACAGUUUCAACAUCAGCAGCAGCAGUUUCAGCAACAGCAGCAGCAGCAGCACCAACAACAACAACAACAACAACAAUGGUACGGGCAACACAACGAAGACAACAUGUUGGACGACAACAAUAGAGACCUAGUCAAUAAUAACGGUUACGGCGAUCAAAAAAUGAACGGCACGAUACACAGUAAAAAACCUCCAAUCCUGUCCGGCCAAGUGAUGACCAACCUGGGACAGAACCUGCAAAUGCAGAGUUCCAGCCGACCGAUCAACGCUCAAGUGUACCACACAAAACCUCUUUCGUCCACAAAUCACGUGACACCAAGACCUCUAAGCUAUUCGAUGCACCCGCCUAUUUUGAACACCAGAAGCCAGCCGGUCGGAGGGACGAGCCUCAGUAACCAUCAGAAACCGACUAGUAGCGUGUCACCUAUUUAUCAGACCUCUUCGACCAAGGUACAACCGGUGCAGCCUCAAGUGCUCAAUUCGAUGGCGGCCAACCACCAAUCGGCGAUGGCGGCGGCGACCAGGGAGACCAAACCCGUGGAACCUUGCGGAGUCGUCGGCGACCGACCAGGAAGUCCGACGGCCAGCAAGCCGGCUCUGCCCCCGAAACCGCCUCCCCCGAUGGGCAUCAAAACGUCCACGCCGCCUCCGCCGCCCAGACAGAGCGCUUACCAUCUACCUCAGCAGUACCAUCAGCCGGCGACGGACAAUCAGCAGCCCGCGGCCGACGACGGCCGUACUUACUAUACCGCCGACAGGCCUGCACCCGUCACAGGACAACAGAAAGACCUGACGCCACCGCCGAGGAUACCCAACGGAAUCAUCAAGUCCGGCUUCGGCAAUUCGGUGGACUCGUCCGAAUCGGACAACUCGUCCAGUUCGGCGUCCAUCCGGUCGUCUGCGUUCGGCAACAUCAAGAACGGUCACCUGUUGGACAGCGUGAGGUCGAUGAACAUAUCGGCCAAAUCGUCACCACCUCCUCAUCCGGCGCCGCCCGCGGUCGUUCCUGGCGCUCCGGAACAGUCGGCCGGCCAAAAAGAACUACAACAACAGGCCAACGACGGCGGCAAACCGCAGCGGUUGCCCGUGCUCAUCAACGGCCGGACGUCCGCCUAUCCCGUGACCGACCUGAACGGCGUCGCGGACAAGUCCCGGACUCAGGCGGCGACGGCCGUGGACCAUCAGGCCGCGCAAAAGGACGCCGACGAAACGGACAGGGUAGCCGUCAGCGUGGCGCAGCGCAUCGACGAGCUGGAGACCAGGUUCGGCGGAGGCGGCAGCAACGGCGGCGGUGUCGGUGGCGGAGGUCUCUGCGGAGGGUCAUCGUCGGCCGACGACAACAGCACCAGCAACCAUAGCUCUUCGUCGCCCGACUCGGGGCAGGACUCGGGCAGGGACGACGUCAUUUCACUGGAAUGCCGAAACAGACUGGUGGUCCGCAAAAAGGGUAACCUAAAGGAGUCCGGCGGAAGCAUCGGCCACAAGCGGCGAGUGUCGUUCGAUCCGCUGGCGCUGCUUUUGGACGCUUCGUUGGAAGGCGAACUCGAACUGGUCAUGCGAACCGCCGAACAGGUGGGCAAUCCUAGCGCGGCAAACGACGAGGGAAUAACUGCGCUACACAAUGCCAUAUGCGCCGGCCAUAUAGACAUUGUUAAGUUUUUAGUUAAGUUUGGCUGUGAUGUGAACGCUCAAGACUCCGACGGAUGGACUCCGUUGCACUGCGCCGCCAGUUGCAACAACCUUGCCAUGGUCCGGUUUUUGGUGGAACACGGCGCCUGCAUAUUCGCCACCACGCUGUCCGACCAGGAGACGGCCGCGGAGAAGUGCGAAGAGGACGAGGAGGGUUUCGACGGUUGUUCCGAAUUUCUGUACAGCGUCCAGGAGAAACUGGGCAUCAUGAACAACGGGGCCGUGUACGCCGUGUUCGGGUACGAGGCGCACAACCAGGACGAGCUGUCGUUCGACGACGGCGACCGCAUAGUCGUGUUGCGGAAGGGCGACGACAGCGAAAGGGAAUGGUGGUGGUCCAGGAUCGACGACCGGGAAGGAUACGUUCCCCGCAACCUUCUGGGGUUGUAUCCCAGAGUGAUCAGUGGCAAAAAAUCAACAGUGGCCUCAGUGGCAGAAUGACAAUCCGUCGCCGGUUGGAUGACAACGAUAACGGCGCCGGGGCCUUUGAAAAAGCUGAUGGAUUGCACUUGGUCGAUCAGCAAAGCCACAACGGCAUAUCACACGAUAUCAUUAUUAUUAUUUUUAUGUUAAGACUUUCUCUCAUAUCUACUAAAAAAAACAUUUUUGUUUCGAACCAUUGUUUUUUUCUCCUCCCAUACAUUUUUCAUUUAUUUAUUUAUUUAUAAAACAAUAUCGCAUAAUAAUAUGAUUAUCGAUAUUGUUCAUAAUUUUUUUGUUAUAUUUAAGACCAAAGUUUAUUUAUGCGUUUUUGACCAUGACAAAUUUUAUUGAUAAAAAAAAAAAAAUCAUCGCAUAUAAUAAUAAUAAGAGUUAUAAUAGUACUAUAAAGAAAGAUAAUUUUUAAUUUUUAUAUAAGUUAAGUCGACGAAAGACAAAAUAAAGUUGCAAUCUUACCGCAAUUACAUAAAAUUUAAUAUUUGCAAAAAAAACAAAUAUUAUUAUUACAAUUAUCGAAAAACAAAGUGUAAAAAACAUAUUUUAUUAUUUUAUUGCGUUCGGAAAUGUUAUUAUAUCAGUUUUCAUUUUUGACGCCGAACGUUACAUAAUACGUUGUUGUUCGAAUUAUAUAUUUAUAUAUUUUUCUUUUUUGUAGUUAAACGACAUUUUCAC